CCUCUGAGAAGCACCGUCACAAGGCAGCAGGCUGAAUCAAUGGUUAAGCCCGGGGAGAUUUGCUCUGCCGCAGCUUACUGGAAAGCAGCUUGUGGCAUCAUAGACAUUCACAGAAUGCCUUAUUUUACAAGACUCAUCUUGUUCUUGUUUUGCCUGAUGGUUCUUGUGGAGAGCAGAAAGCUCAAGAAGAGGAGAUGGACAGGGCAGCUGGAAAUGCCCAAGCCAAGUCACCUAUACAAGAAGAACCUCGACGUGACCAAAAUCCGCACAGGAAAACCUCAGCCGCUUCUCAGAGUGGACGACCACGAUUUCACCAUGAGGCCCGCCUUUGGAGGCCCUGCCAUCCCAGUAGGCGUGGACGUGCAGGUGGAGAGCCUGGACAGCAUCUCGGAGGUGGACAUGGACUUCACCAUGACCCUGUACCUGCGGCAUUACUGGAAGGACGAGAGGCUGGCCUUCUCCAGCACCAGCAACAAGAGCAUGACCUUUGAUGGCCGCCUAGUAAAGAAGAUCUGGGUCCCCGACGUCUUCUUUGUUCAUUCCAAAAGGUCAUUCAUCCACGACACUACCACUGACAACAUCAUGCUGAGGGUGUUCCCGGACGGGCACGUGCUGUACAGCAUGAGGAUUACGGUCACUGCCAUGUGCAACAUGGACUUCAGCCACUUUCCCCUGGACUCCCAGACCUGUUCUUUGGAGCUGGAAAGCUAUGCCUAUACAGAUGAAGAUCUGAUGCUGUAUUGGAAGAAUGGGGACGAGUCCCUGAAAACAGAUGAGAAGAUCUCCCUGUCUCAGUUUCUGAUUCAGAAGUUUCACACCACUUCCAGACUGGCCUUCUACAGCAGCACCGGCUGGUACAACCGUCUGUACAUUAACUUCACGUUGCGUCGUCACAUCUUCUUCUUCUUGCUCCAAACCUAUUUCCCUGCCACGCUGAUGGUCAUGCUGUCCUGGGUGUCCUUCUGGAUUGACCGCAGAGCAGUGCCCGCCAGAGUUUCACUGGGUAUCACCACGGUGCUGACCAUGUCCACCAUCAUCACGGGCGUGAACGCCUCCAUGCCCCGCGUGUCCUACAUCAAGGCCGUGGACAUCUACCUGUGGGUCAGCUUUGUGUUCGUGUUCCUCUCCGUGCUGGAGUACGCGGCUGUCAACUACCUGACCACGGUGCAGGAGCGGAAGGAACGGAAGCUGCAGGAGAAGUGUGAAAUGCCUCAGUCAAGAACCAUGAUGCUGGAUGGAAGCUACAGUGAGUCUGAGGCCAACAGCCUGGCCGGGUACCCGAGAAACCAUAUCCUGACAGAGGAGGAAAGACAAGACAAAAUAGUUGUCCACCUGGCCCUAAGCAGUGAAUCCAACUCCUCCAGGAAGAAGGGGCUUCUGAAGGGCCAGAUGGGUCUUCGCAUCUUCCAGAACACCCAUGCCAUUGACAAAUACUCCAGGUUGAUAUUCCCCGCCUCCUUCAUAUUUUUCAACUUAAUUUAUUGGUCAGUGUUUUCCUAGGGGCUCCGAGGCUAUGCCUGGGAAAGGGCAUAGACAUCUCUGGGGCCUGGCCAGCCGUCCACGUAUGGACAUGCUGACCACGCUCCCCUCACUAGACAGAGCAGCAGCUCCCGGACCACCAUGAGCGGCGCCCCAUCUCUCAGAGGAGCCAGGACCCCUCCAGCUGCACUUCCCCAGACCUCAUGGGUUUGCUCCUCACUCAUGCUGUGUUCUGUGUUCUACUUCAUGCCUCUCUGAGACUGACUUCCGUUCUCGUGUUUGAACAGGUGCACGAGAGCCCCCUUCCUAUAAAAAAAGACUCACCUGCCUCCCAGAUGUUCUAAGACCCUUCUGAAUAGGAUUCAGUUGCAAAGGGGAAGGGAAAAAUGAAGGGCAAGCUUAGGGGCAUUCUGGAUAGGAGAUGGGAAAUUAGGAUUCAAAAUAGGUUUAAAACAUCUGUGAACCCGUACAACUGGAUUAAGUGCCUACUUAGGAAGGAAAAAACUCAGAUCCCAAAUAAGAAAUGAUUUGACCUGUGUGAGUCUGGCAACUUGCGUGAUUUUGCAAUAUGAGGGGAUGUCAUUCAUUCAUCCAUCCAUUCAACCAUUCACUAAAUACUGAAAACCCACCCUGUGCCAGGUCCUGUGGAAAUGAACAAAUAGAAGUCUCUUUUCUCAGAGAUUUUCUCUAAGCCUGUGGUCAUUCUACAUAUGACAGAAAGUACUUCUGCCCUUCUCUCUCCUUCAACUCCCACUACCCCACAGAGCCAUUCUGUUUGCUGAUGGUUUUACUCCUAGGUCUGUCUAGAAAAGCAUUUCCAGUCUCCCAUGAGACCCUCAUGAAGCCAGCUCAAUGCUUGUCUCCUGCAAUCUCCAUGCAGGACAAGCCUACCUCUGGGAGGAGGGACAGUGACAUGAGAAUUAGUGAUAGCAGAACUUGGUCUUGGGGCAGAAGGAGGCAUAGGUCUGGGAAUUUGUUUCUGAUGCCAUGCUACCUCCCUUUAUGGGCUCUUUCCCUUCGCCCCCAGCUGACCAGUGUCCUCAGUAAUCCUUGUGUCCAAGCUCUGCCCCCAGCCCGGGGACGCUACCUAUGCUGACCAGAAGUGCCCGCACUCUAGAAUGACUUCCCCCUUACCCCCAUGAGCUACUGACUCUUUCCUCUAAUGCAGCUAAGCUCAGAUUAGGCAGGUAAUCUGAUUUAUUGAAUCUACAGUAAGUUGUGAAUGGCCAUUUCUCUCAACCCUGUGUUAGGUGUUUGCUAGUUAAGUGAAUCUCUAAUUAGGAGAAUUUCUGGAGGUAUAAAGGACACAAUUUUGAGAAGGGGGCCUUUUCCUAAAUCAUAACACUUGGGAUCAGAAGUCUGUUCUGGGGGAGUAGGGAGGGAAUGCCCACCUCAGAUUUCUUGUUUAUUGAUGGAAGUUGUUCUGCCUUUUCCCUCGCUGCCCCUACCACCUUCCUGCUCAGGGUCUGGGUGUCUGGUCCUUUGGUCAAGAGUAGACAAAUGGUACAGCCAAAGAGAGGCCUUCGGUUGAGCAAGCUCUGGCCUGUGAGUCUGCUCCACGGCUCAUGACUCCCAGGGGCAGGGAUCCUUAGUUCUGAGGAUUAGAGCACACAUGGCUGCCAGAGCCUCCAGAGUUUCAGGUCGAGGGCCUGUAGCUGCCUGAUCCUCUCACUGACUCCCUCGUCAUGACUGCUGACACAGUUGCUGUACACAUCCCAGCUUCUCUGAUCCUUCCCCCGCCCUAGUCCCCCAUCCGUUUCUCCUGUUCCCCGUACACACUCCUUGUGUGAUCCUGGUCCCAGACACUUGCUUUACCACUCCAUUGUCCAUGUUAAGGACCAGACUCAUCAUCUCUGGCCAGAGACUGUAUGAUCAGGGCUGGGAUUCAAGGAGCUGAACUCUCAGAAGGGCUGGCUCCAGGAAACCAUAUGACAUAGAUUAUCUUGGGGAACUGCAAGUUUGGGAGGUCCCCAAGACCACUCUCAGGUUUAAUAAUUCACUAGAAGGACCCACAGAACUCAGAAAAGCCAUUAUACUCACGGUUAUAGUUUAUUGCAGCAAAAGGAUACGGGUUAAAAUCAACAAAGAGAAGUGGCAUAUAGGGUGGGGUCCAGGAGAGACCAGGUACAGAACUUUCAGUUGUUCUCUCCCAGAGGGGUUAUACAGAUGGCGCUUAUUUCUCCCACCAAUGACGUGUGACAAUAUGCACCGACUAUUGCCAACCAGGGAAACUCACCCAAGCCCGUCAAGGUGUACAAGAGUUUUUAUUGGGGGUCAGCCAUGUAGAUACAGCUACUGCCCACAUGGCUGACCCCAGUCUCCAGCCUUUCUGGAGGUCAAGCUGAUAACUCUUAGCUCAAGGUCCCCAUCAUAAAUCACAUUGUUAGCACAGACCACCUGGCAUGGGCCAAGGCCCCCAAGUAAACAAAGACCUUCCUAUCAGGCAGGACAUUGCAAGUGUUUAGAAAUUACAUCCCAGGAGCUGGAGGCCAAGGCCCAAGCCUUUCUUUUGGCAAGGUUAACCCGUUACUGCACAGCAAUCCUUGUCAAUUCCUUAUUGCUAAUGUUAAUUGCUAUUCUACUGUUAAAGAUUCAUGCCACAAACAUUUUAAAGCAUCCCUGAAUGAAGUAUAGUGGGGUCCAAAUUAGGACAAAGAGAUAGUCACAGCUCUCAGAGAGGAGACUGAUAGAAGACAUGAGAUACAAACACGUAUAAGUUAAAAAGUGUUAACUACUACAAUGAUGGUUCAAAGUGUAAUGGGAAUUCUGAAGAAGAAAAGAAUGAUUUUCACUGGGAAGACUGGAUCUCCUGAGAAAACAGCCUCUGAGCUGCCCCUCAAAGGUUGGGGAUUUGGAGAAGAAGAAAAGUACAUGCUAGAUCUGUGAUGUCUAGUAGGGUUGCCGCUAGCCAUGUAUCCAUUUAAUUUAAAUUAAUUAAAGUUAAAUAAAAUUUAAAACUCAGUUUUUGCCCCAUUGCACUAGCCACAUUUCAAGUGCUGCUCAAUAGCCACAUGCGGCUGGUGGCUACACUAGUGGAAACUGCAGAUCUAUAGAACAUUUCCACCAUCACAGAAAGUCCUGUUAGACAACGCUGCUGAAGGUGAAAGGAUCAGCCUAAGCAAAGUCACAAGAGAGGCAGGAAGAUUUGAGAUUGCUGAGUAUAGGGUUUGUGGGGCAAGUCUUAUGUUUUGGCUGGAUCCUAGGCUGUGGGAAGAGGAGAUGAGAGACCAGCUCUUUUCUAGGGGUCGUGGCAGGUCCCCCAUGUCACUGCUAAUGAGCACAGCUUCCCCUCCAUGAGUUGCCUGGCCCAAGACCAUUGGAUUUCCCACCCUCACAGACAAAUGAAGAAUGAAAGUACGUAAACAAGGAUGAUUGAGUGGUACAGGGCAUUUGGACUUGUUUAGAAACCUUUACCCUCUAGAGACUCUCCUAGGCCACAACGCUGCUCAACGAAUGAUAAUUACAUUGUCAUUAAAUAUAUCCUAUUGCUUUGGUUGUCUUAUUUAAUUCCACCACUACUCUGCUUCUGACUAUGUUGUCUUCAUAAAUUGAGGCUCAUAUAACAUGGUGGCCUGUUCAUGUAAAAAAAAUUAAGAUGUAUUUUAACUAGCUUAUGUAUUCAAAUGGAGUUAAUUCUAUAGCAAACAUGUUAAGAAUCAUGAACAGCAUUUUAUCCUGUGGGACCAUGAUACAAUGACACCAUUGUGUUCAGCACUGCCUUAUUGCGGUGUAAUAGUCUGACUGUACUUGAGAAAGUGGAAGAUUAAAGGAGGUUGAGAGGAGACAACAGGAAGUAAGGAAAUAUUGAGAACAUGGAAGGUUUCACCCUAGAUUGCAGAAGACAGAGGAGUAAACAUAAUUGUUAUCAGGGAUGCUUGAAUGGCACUUAACUUCACUGAAUCCAAGACACCAUCAAAUGUAAGAUGCAUCCAUAUUUUAUGUACUACUAAGAAAGAAAAA